ACUGCGCAUGUUACACACAUAUACAAUGUAUACAAUAUAUGUGCAUUACUAAACUACCGGAAGUUGACAUACACAGCUCUAAAAAAAUAGUGAUGUUUUUGGAGAUCAUCGGAGUGAUAUUGGUAAUAACCGUACUAAAAUGGAUCAAAAGAAGCUUCAAGUUAAAAGACAUCCGGGGGAGAUAUGUUUUCAUCACUGGGUGCGACUCAGGAUUUGGGAAAUUACUGGCUAGCAGGCUCGAUUCUCUAGGAGUGCACGUCUUUGCCGGGUGCUUUACGACAAACACCUUAGAAGAGUACCGCAAAACAAGCAACACGAUUGAGCCCAUAGCUCUAGACGUCACCGACAUGGAAAGUAUCGAAAAGGCGUAUCAGUUUGUGAAAUCGAAGCUGCCCGAGAAUACAGGGCUUUGGGCACUAGUAAAUAACGCAGGAACCAUGGGACAUUUUGGACCAGCCACGUGGUUAUCAGAAGAGGAUUAUCAGCGCCCCCUGUCGGUUAACCUGUUUGGGAUGGUUCGGAUGGUACGUGUUUUUCUUCCUCUUGUCUUAAAAUCUAGAGGGCGUAUCAUCAAUAUGACCAGUGGUUCCGGGAAGAUAGCCGCUACGAACGUCGGGCCGUACAGCAUUUCUAAAUUUGCUGCCGAAGCAUAUUGUGACACUCUGAGGAGAGAACUUUACAGGACUGGGGUGUCUGUCCAUAUCAUAGAGCCAGGAUGCUUCAACACAGGUUUCACUGAUCUGCCCCUUAUCACAAAAACUGUUUCAAGCAACUUUGAGAAACUUGAUGAUGAUACGAAGGAGUACUAUGGCACGGGAUACGCCGACAAGAUUAACGAAGCAUUUAGAGACAUGAUCAAGACGUUCGAGUCGCCCAAACUAUACAAAGUCGUCGAUUCAUAUGAACAUGCUGUGACCGCCAGAUACCCACUGAUGAGAUACGUUGUUGGGUAUGAUUCCAACUCGUUGAUUUUUCUUAAUACAUAUUUCCCCGAGUGGUUGGUGGACUUUUUACUUUGUGCAACGUCUCCGACCCCAAAGGGACGAAUCUAGGUCUUAUCUCGUUGGUAAAGCGUCUUGAAAAAAGGAUGACAGGAAGUCUCCGACGAUAUGUACUUUGCCUUGGUCUGUUGGCUGACAUCGCAAACAUAAUUGUAUGAACAAUGCAGAGACAAAAGCCUGUGGCAAUCUUGUUUAUUCAGUAAAUGUACAUCGCGUUCACAUAUUUGGAUGACGUAGUACACACGAACAAAGUAAACGUGCGUUCUAUUACACACACUAGUAUAUUGAUAGGGUGCUUGGUAAAGGCAACACCGUUAUGUACUUAUAAAAAGGACAUGGCUGUAAUGCAGACAUAAUUAUCCAUAUAAAACAUGCCAGUAUUGCUUCCAUAUAGUGGAACGUUCCAGUUGUGUGAACUGUUGAAAGGCACAAAGCGUUUCCGACUGCUUUUCUGCAAAUCUUUUAAUCGUUUAUGAAAGGUUUUACAUACUGCGAGUCGAUAUAUAUAUAUAUUAGACUGAUGAAAUACAGUUAAACUUGUUACAAUGAUACGCCCUCACCUUUCCAUACCAUUGUAUCUGGGGCAUAGCAUAUUUCUUUCAUACUGUUUCAAAUGGAGUAAUCAAAUCUGGUACAUGUAUACAAUUAGGUCGUGACUGACGGAGUGUGGAGUACAAGAAGUAAGUCACUGUGACCUAUAUCCUGAGGUAAGUGUACACAGGCACUAUUACCAGUGAGGAACUAUGGAUUGCUUUGUAAUGCUUUACCUUGUUUGUUUAAAAUGUUCUCAGAGAACAAUCCUGCAGUACUUGGUGCAGGCGGGGUAGGUAUUAGUCUUCCAUUCUGGCGAUAGAUUUGGUUCUUACAUAAAAACAGUAAAACCUCGUUAUACUGCCAUCAUUUGUCCAGAAAAAAUUUGGCGUUAUAGAGGAGUUCUGCGUUAAAUUGAGGGAAACAUGUAAAGGACUGGUUAAGAUAAAGAGCAAAAUGGACAAUGCAAUAUAUUGGCGGUUAGCAAGAUGGCGAUGAAACGAGGUGUAUUAUAUUGAAUAUUUCUUGUAUACAUUUUAGCAAACAGAAACGGAACAAAUUUCGCUGGCCGCCAUUUUCGAAACACAACUAACGAAUUGUUUGUCAGUGCUGUUUUAUUUUGUUAAAACGUGCGGCGUGAACCUCUGUCAGUAGCAUACAUUCGAUAUCAUGUUCCUUAUUUUUGAAGCUGAUCAUUCGUUUUUGAGGGCAUUCUCAAUUCUAUACCAAUACCCUAGUUAUCUCCAUUGUCAUAUGCUCCUAUACUCGGGAAGUUGAAUACAAACCUCUGUUUACCUUCCGACAUCGGUUCUACAACCACAUACCGUGUUUGAUACUCGAACAUGAUUUGGGGUGGUUAUUCAAGGACGACCUCCACUAUGUGCAAGAUGUAUGCGUGCAGUGUAUUCGUGUGUUUUGUGAGGCUGCGAUAUGUCGAACAUGACUAGAUUGUUUUCAGUUAUAGGCAUUCGAGUUGAGGGACAACAUAAUGCCGGCUGCGGAAUCCUAACCGAUGAUCCAUUGAUUAUUAUGCCGGCGCCCUAACAACUAUGCUUCACGUCUUCGUCCCAUUACAUAUGGAUACCUCAAGAAACAUAAUGUUCUGUAUUAUAUAACGCGUACGCAUAUCUUAUCAGUUUGUCUAUAUUCAUACAUAUAUAAUGUUAUUAUGAAAUAUACAAUGGCUAUUUAUUUAUACGGAUUUUUUAUUACAUGUCUGUGUACUAACCGGAAUAUUGUAUCACCUACAUUUGUAGCUCUACCGUAAACCGUUUUGCACCAAUGCUUUACGAUAUGGUACAGUAACAUGACGUCUUAUUUCUGUUUCAAUGUCUUUCUUAUCCAUUAUUGUUCGAUUUAAGUUCAAGAUCAUCUUGACAUUGUACAGUUUCGUAGAAAAAAAUAUGCCAGAUAUACAUUUGUAAGUGCUUCAGAUAACUAUUUCGCCCGGGGGUUACAGUACCCCUCAACUUCAAAGUGAGGUGUAAAGCGACAUACCGAGUGGUUUAAAUGUUGACGGGGACUAGUAAUGGUUACAAACUGGUGUCAUAUACUGAAAUGGUUGAGUUUGUGGUUGUAGUUCGAUGUAUUUGACUAUAGUAUAAUAUUUGUUUGAAAAUAUAAGAAUAACACAUAUUCAUUG